CUUCGGCUCACCCUGCUAGCACUGCAGAAUCCUCAGCACGCGCUUGUGCUCGCUACUGUGACUAGAAGAUGGGACAGACGGCGCUCACAGGCUCGGUCACAUGCAUUUAAUUAACAUCCGGGGAGAAUCCUGUUUAUGGGCAGCAUGGAAGAACCCGUAGAGGAGUACGAGUCUCCGUUUAACUUCGAGCAGGGUGUAAACACCAGCUACCUCUACCUGUCACCCAAAGAAAAUUUCACUCCUCCCGGUUCACCCGUAACAUCGGUCAAAGAUACUAAGAGGCAAGACUUUAUCCCAGAAGUGGGUGAAGAUGCGGUGAACACAGUGGAACCGACAGCAUCCAGCACAGCCCUGAGUGAAGAAGAGCAGGCUGAACUCCGCAGUGAACUCGCUAAGGUGGAAGAUGAGAUCCAGACUCUUUCUCAGGUGUUGGAGGCCAAGGAGAAGCAGGUGGCAGAGCUCAAGCGGAAGCUGGGCAUCAAUCCACUCAAUGAGCUCAAACAGAAUCUGAGCAAGAGCUGGCAUGAAGUCACCACCUCCACUGCGUAUAAGAAGACUUCAGAAACCCUCUCUCAAGUGGGUCAAAAGGCGACGACAGCGUUUUCCAGCGUGGGCUCAGCCAUCACCAGAAAGCUGGAGGACGUUAGAUUACAGUCAUUUUCUAAUUCAUUUGGUAUUCGCUCCAUACAGCAUUCUGCUAGCAUGCCGGUGAUGAGGAACAUGCCCACUUUCAAGUCAUUUGAGGAAAAAGUGGAAACUUUAAAGACCAAGAUAAGCCCCACACCUUCAACAGGAGACAUUGAAGAGGUUUCAAACUCAACCCUUGAGGAAGAGCCUGUGGUAAAACAACCAGAGGCAACAAUAAGCCCAGAUCAGCAACUUCACUAAAGACCCACAUCUGACGCUCCUCACCCCGCCCAUCUGAACCCAGCCAACAUCUCUUCUCUCUCUUUAUCUCCUGUUCACCACCACUCCACAGCCACACAACUGUAUUAACUGAUAACUAGGAGACGAUUUAUUGAAUUUACAGUAAAUGUAGAACUUGAGAUUGAUGUCUCGUGCAUUCUGCAGGUGCAUGUGGAUCUAAAUAUUUCAAAGCUGCUCUUCAACACACCACACGUUUGUGUGGCGAUCCCAAGCAUUUGUACAGCCCGUCUAUUUGUUUAUCUGCUGGAGUCUGAGGCGUCUUCAGACUGAACAUGGUAGUCAUGCACUGGAACAGAUCUGUGUGUUUGUGGGAUGUGUGUACGCUCGCUUAUGGAGCAAUACAUCACUCUGACCUCUGACCCUUAAACUUGUGUGUCAGUGCAGAGACUCGGUCCUUUAAAGAGGAGGCUGUGCUUUUACACUUUAUUAGGAUAAAUCCUCUAGUCAUUAUAGAGAAAUCCAAAAACAUAUCAUGAAAUUAGAUUAUUAAACAUAAUUUUAACCAAUAAAAAAUUAUUUGCAAGCAGCUGUACUUAAAAUAACCAAGCACUUUUUUUAUAAUAAAUAACAUUGUGUUUGUUCUCCUUAAUAAUGCCAAAAACACACAGCAUCGUCAGUUCAGUCUAACCAAUUUUGCGUAUUAACUGUGUGUUAUUAAUGUUCAUAACUAUAACACCAAAUAUGAUCAAAGUAUGACAUUGUGUUAUUUCUCAUUCGUUUGUGUACUUGGAUUCAUGUACAUGAUAGACAACUUGUGUUAUUAAUGUAGUGCAUUCGUGCAUCACAUCACUGAGAUCUCGUGUUGCUGAAACUGAAAAGCAUUCAUUUGAAUUUGAUUGUGUGAUACUAGAACGUAAGGGAGAUGGAUGUCACUAACAAAGUUAAUUUUAGACAAACAUAUUGAAACUAAAGCACAUUUAUAAUCACACCGGCUGUUAUUGUCUUGUGUAUUUAUUAGCUUUAGGUUCCAGCACUACAUCAUGGUUUCAGGUAGAAAUAAUAAACGUGUUUGAGUGUUUUAAACAUGCUUUUGGGGGGGAAGCCUUUAUUUUUUAUUUUGCAAACAUUUUCUUUUAAAUAGAUGCAUAUUGCAAAAGUUUCAUGCUUGCUGCUAUAAAUAUCAUAAUAUAGAUUGAAAAUAUUACUCUUCUAGUAAUCUUCCUAGUAUUGAUUUCUACUAAUAUGGAAGAUCACAUUAAUCCAGUUGUAAUAACACACAAAAUUGCGUUUAAAAGACUUAAGUGGGACCAAGAGUGUUUUAUUUGUAUCGUCCUUCAAGGGUUUUCUGUUUAUUCCUCAGCAUCAUCGCUGGAUUAUCUGAUUGUAUUCGACUGAAUGACUCUAAUGGGCUUUUCUCUUGGGUAGCUGUUGCUUCUGUUAUUACUGUGUACUGAAAGACAAAUACAAAUAUUUGGUUUCUUUGUAUGUCAGAUGUCUAAUAAAGCACACAACACAGUC